AUGGUAUCCUUUUCGUGUGAGGUCUGCAACGACACUAUCGUUAAGAAGAAGUUGGACCAGCAUCGCUCCAGAUGUCCCGAUGCCUAUUUCACAUGUAUAGACUGCUCCACUACCUUCAACGGGACUGAGUACCGUUCGCAUACCCAGUGCAUCUCGGAAGCCGAAAAAUAUGAGAAAGGCUUGUACAAGGGCAAGAAACAGAACCCCAAGCCUGUUGAGAAGAAACAGGAAUCAAGGCCCGAUACUUCUAAACCUGACGCCAAGCCUGUCAAGACUUCCAAAGAGAAGUCCAAAAAGUCCAAGGACAGGUCUGAAUCUCUUGACCUUAAAAAGUAUGCCAAUGGGUCAUUAUACAAGGUAGUCAAGGCGAUCAGUAGCGAUACUAAGAAGGGCAAGAAAGAUGUGUUGAAAAAGCUUCAAGUAAAGGUUGAGGAUGGUAAAAUAGUCCUUUCCAUGUGA